UUUGAUUCAGGGAAGAACCGCAGCUGGGUUGGGAAUGGCACCGACUGACCCACCGCCUGAUUUUCAGCUGCGAAUCACUUGAUUAGAGAAAUAUCAGAUCUGCGAGAGGCAUCCAACGAGAGAAUCCUCCGGAGAUUGGAUUCUCAGAUCGCUCUCUGAUCUCAGUCAUGAUCUCGCAGUUCUUCGUUCUCUCUCAACGAGGCGACAACAUCGUUUUCCGGGAUUAUCGAGGUGUAGUUCCAAAAGGUAGUGCAGAGAUAUUCUUCCGGAAGGUGAAGUUCUGGAAAGAGGAUGAAGCAGAGGAAGCACCCCCAGUCUUUAAUGUGGAUGGAGUUAAUUACAUUCACGCAAAGGUAGCAGGAUUGAUGUUUGUUGCCACUACGAGAGCAAAUGUUUCACCAUCUCUUGUUUUGGAGCUUCUACAAAGGAUAGCACGCAUAAUUAAAGAUUACCUUGGGGUUCUUAAUGAAGAUUCGUUACGCAAAAACUUUGUUCUUGUAUAUGAAUUACUUGAUGAAAUCAUCGACUUUGGCUAUCCACAAACGACAUCUACAGAGGUUCUAAAGUCUUAUGUAUUUAAUGAACCAAUUGUGGUUGAUUCUUCUCGAAUGCCACCUCUUGGCCCGGCAGCAAUGUUUAUGCAAAGCUCUAAACGGAUGCCAGGAACAGCUGUUACGAAAUCUGUUGUCUCCAAUGAGCCUGGUGGGCGGCAGAGGGAUGAAAUAUUUGUUGAUGUUAUCGAAAAAAUUAGUGUCACUUUCAGCUCUAGUGGAUAUAUACUUACUUCUGAGAUUGAUGGAACUAUUCAAAUGAAAAGCUACCUCAGUGGAAAUCCUGAUAUACGAUUGGCUCUUAAUGAGGACCUAAGCAUUGGCAGAAAUGUUGGAAACUCUAUGUAUGAUUAUAGAACUUCUUCGGGAGGAGGGACGGUGAUCCUCGAUGAUUGUAACUUCCAUGAAUCUGUACAUCUUGAUAAUUUUGAUUUGGAUAGAACCUUAAGUUUGGUACCACCUGAUGGAGAAUUUUCUGUCAUGAACUACAGAAUGACUCAAGAAUUCAAGCCUCCUUUCCGUAUCAAUGCAUUGAUUGAAGAAGCUGGGCCCCUCAAGGCUGAAGUCAUUAUUAAAAUCCGUGCCGAUUUUUUAUCAAGUAUAAAUGCAAAUACAAUUACAGUGCAAAUGCCAGUGCCAAAAUAUACAACAAGGGUUAGCUUCGACUUGGAAUCUGGGGCGAUUGGACAAACAACUGAUUUUAAGGAAAUGAAUAGGAAGCUAGAAUGGAGCCUAAAUAAGAUUGUUGGAGGCUCCGAACACACAUUACGAGCAAAACUUACAUUUUCUCAGGAAUCACAUGGAAAUCUGACGAAGGAAGCAGGACCUGUUAGUAUGAAUUUCACCAUACCGAUGUACAAUGCAUCUAAGCUUCAGGUGAGAUAUUUGCAGAUAGCAAAGAAAUCGAAGACCUACAAUCCUUAUCGUUGGGUUAGAUAUGUUACUCAGUCUAAUUCCUAUGUGGCCCGUUUAUAACCAUUUAUUUGAUAAUCAUAAGACUUUGUGUUUUGCUUUAAUUCAUAAAUAAUCUUUUUGAAUAAUCUCAUUUACACGCCGAAGCAUGUUUAAUUAUUCUUAAUUAUUAUUAGUUUUGAUA